AUGUCUCAAAAUCAAACCAGAUUCGAGCAGGAGCUCAAGUCUACUGUCGACGAGAUCCUACAGACCUGUCCCAAGAGAGCGGACAGCUACGUUCGUUGCCGUAUACUGAAUUACACACUCGAGGUCGUGGAGCAUGGUCGCACAGCUGUCGUAUCCGACAUCGAAGAUGAGACAACUUCUCCCCAAGACCCACGUCUCAUCCUGCACGACUCGCAGGGGUCCUCCCAUGGUGAUGCUGGGACCUUGGAGCUUGUUUUGAAUUUUAUCUACAAGCGCAGCCGAAUGACGGAUAUCAAGGACAAACUACACGCAAUCCGGCUUUGCACCGCAGUCCCUACGUACGGCGGCAGUCUUCUCGAAAUCGCCGACGAAAUGAUCAUCCAGCUCAAAGCUCGUGGUAGUUAG